AUGGAGGGAGCGUUCAAGUCAGUGCGCAUUGUAGCGGAAAACGUUGCUGUUGGGGGCAAGUGGAUUGUAUGUCCGAAGGGGGAGAUCUCGGUUUGCAACUGUAAAAUUAAUGAGGACACAAAGUAUGGAUGUGGUACUGACUGCAUCAACCGCGCGAUGCGGUAUGAAUGUGGAGCGGAUUGCUGUCCAUGUGGAAAACGAUGCUCGAAUCGGCAAUUACAAAUUGGUUCGGCACUUGUGACAGGCGUAAUUGACUGUGGCCGUAAAGGCCUCGGCGUGAUCACGUCAAAGUUGGACAAUUCGUGGGGGAGUAUGUUGGUGAAGUGCUGA